AAAGGAAUAAAUAGUUCCGGCGCGGAUGUAGGGACUAGGGCUGGUGUUGUUUCUGCUAUGGUCAAGUUGGCCUUGUGGCCCCCUAAGCUAGCGGAGAUUUACUGGCCCAACAUAAUAUUGGAAAAUGCAUAUUAAGUCAAUCAUUCUUGAAGGAUUCAAGUCUUAUGCUCAGAGGACUGAAGUCAAUGGUUUUGACCCCCUCUUCAAUGCUAUCACUGGUUUAAAUGGUAGUGGAAAAUCCAACAUAUUGGACUCCAUCUGCUUUUUGCUGGGCAUCUCCAACCUGUCUCAGGUUCGGGCUUCUAAUCUACAAGAUUUAGUUUACAAAAAUGGGCAGGCUGGAAUUACCAAAGCAUCUGUGUCAAUCACCUUUGAUAAUUCUGACAAAAAGCAAAGCCCUUUGGGAUUUGAAGUACAUGAUGAAAUCACAGUUACAAGGCAGGUGGUUAUUGGUGGCAGAAAUAAAUAUUUAAUCAAUGGAGUAAAUGCAAACAACACCAGAGUACAGGAUCUCUUCUGUUCUGUUGGCCUGAAUGUAAACAACCCUCAUUUUCUCAUCAUGCAGGGUCGAAUUACCAAAGUACUGAAUAUGAAACCUCCAGAGAUCUUAUCUAUGAUAGAAGAAGCAGCUGGAACCAGGAUGUAUGAAUAUAAAAAAAUAGCUGCCCAGAAAACUAUAGAAAAAAAGGAGGCCAAGCUGAAAGAAAUUAAGACGAUACUUGAAGAAGAGAUUACUCCAACCAUUCAAAAGUUAAAAGAGGAGAGAUCUUCCUAUUUGGAGUACCAAAAAGUAAUGAGAGAAAUAGAACAUUUGAGUCGUUUAUACAUUGCUUAUCAAUUUUUGCUGGCUGAAGAUACUAAAGAGCGCUCAGCUGAGGAGUUAAAAGAAAUGCAGGAUAAAAUUAUAAAGCUUCAAGAAGAAUCAUCUGAGAAUGAUAAAAAAAUAAAGGCACUUAAUCGUGAAAUAGAAGAAUUGGAAAAACGAAAAGAUAAGGAAAUUGGAGGCAUACUCCGAUCUUUAGAAGAUGCUCUUGCAGAGGCUCAGCGAGUUAAUACUAAGUCUCAAAGUGCAUUCGACCUCAAAAAGAAAAACCUGGCAAGUGAAGAAAACAAACGCCAAGAGCUAGAAAAAAAUAUGGUCGAGGAUUCUAAAACUUUAGCAGCAAAGGAGAAAGAAGUUCAGAGUAUAACAGAUGGGCUGCAUGGCCUUCAAGAAACAAGUAAUAAAGACGCUGAAGCUUUGGCUGCCGCACAGCAGCACUUCAAUGCUGUUUCCGCUGGUUUGUCCAGUAAUGAAGAUGGAGCAGAAGCAACUAUCGCUGGUCAGAUGAUAGCCUGUAAAAAUGACAUAAGUAAAGCUCAGACAGAGGCUAAACAGGCUCAAAUGAAAUUGAAACAUGCCCAGCAAGAAUUAAAGAAUAAACAAGUAGAAGUUAAGAAGAUGGAUGGUGGCUAUAGGAAGGAUCAAGAAGCUUUAGAAGCUGUAAAGAGACUGAAAGAAAAACUUGAAACAGAAAUAAAGAAAUUAAAUUAUGAAGAAAAUAAAGAAGAAAACCUUUUGGAAAAGCGCAGGCAACUGUCUCGUGAUAUCAGUAGAUUGAAAGAAACGUAUGAAGCUCUCUUGGCCAGAUUUCCCAAUCUUCAGUUUGCAUACAAAGAUCCAGAAAAGAACUGGAACAGAAAUUGUGUGAAAGGACUUGUGGCUUCUCUGAUUAGUGUGAAAAAUAAUUCUGCAACCACAGCCUUAGAAUUGGUAGCUGGGGAACGACUCUACAAUGUUGUCGUAGACACAGAGGUUACUGGUAAAAAGCUACUAGAGAAAGGAGAAUUGAAGCGACGUUACACUAUAAUUCCACUCAAUAAAAUUUCAGCCAGAUGUAUUACUCCAGAAACUUUGAGAGUUGCUCAGAAUCUUGUUGGUCCUAACAAUGUUCAUGUGGCUCUUUCCCUGGUUGAGUAUAAACCAGAACUUCAGAAAGCAAUGGAAUUUGUCUUUGGAACAACAUUUGUUUGUGAUAAUAUGGAUAAUGCCAAAAAGGUGGCCUUUGAUAAUAGGAUAAUGACUAGAACUGUAACUUUAGGAGGUGAUGUAUUUGAUCCUCAUGGAACAUUGAGUGGAGGUGCUCGAUCUCAGGCAGCUUCUAUUUUAACCAAGUUUCAAGAGCUCAAAGAUGUUCAGGAUGAGCUGAGGAUCAAGGAGAAAGAACUACAAGCUCUAGAGGAGGAAUUAGCACAUCUUAAAAAUACUGCUGAAAAAUAUCGCCAACUAAAACAGCAGUGGGAAAUGAAAACUGAGGAAGCAGAUUUAUUACAAACAAAGCUCCAGCAAAGCUCUUAUCAUAAGCAGCAAGAAGAAUUGGAUGCCCUUAAAAAAACUAUUGCGGAAAGUGAAGAGACCUUAAAAACCACCAAAGAAAUCCAAAAAAAAGCAGAAGAAAAAUAUGAAAUAUUAGAGAAUAAAAUGAAAAAUGCAGAAGCUGAGAGAGAAAGAGAACUAAAGGAUGCUCAGAAAAAAUUGGAUUAUGCCAAAACAAAGGCAGAUGCAUCUAGCAAGAAAAUGAAAGAAAAGCAACAGGAAGUUGAAGCUAUCACCCUGGAGCUUGAAGAACUCAAGAGAGAGCAUGCAUCCUAUAAACAACAGCUUGAAGCUGUAAAUGAAGCUAUCAAAUCCUAUGAAGGUCAAAUUGAAGUAAUGGCAGCAGAGGUAGCUAAAUAUAAGGAAUCAGUCAAUAAAGCUCAAGAAGAAGUUACCAGGCAAAAAGAAGUGAUAGUAGCCCAUGACAGUGUAAUUAAAACUAAAUAUGCAGAAAUAGCAAAACAUAAGGAGGAAAACAAUGAUUCUCAACUUAAAAUUAAGGAGUUAGACCACAACAUCAGCAAACAUAAACGGGAAGCUGAAGAUGCUGCUUCAAAGGUAUCCAAAAUGUUGAAAGACUAUGAUUGGAUUAAUGCAGAGAGACAUCUCUUUGGCCAACCGAAUAGUGCCUAUGAUUUCAAAACCAACAGUCCCAAGGAAGCCGGUCAGCGACUUCAGAAGUUGCAAGAAAUGAAGGAGAAACUAGGAAGGAAUGUCAAUAUGAGAGCUAUGAAUGUACUGACAGAAGCUGAAGAGCGAUAUAAUGACUUAAUGAAGAAGAAGAGAAUCGUAGAAAAUGACAAAUCCAAAAUCCUUGCAACUAUAGAAGACCUUGACCAAAAGAAAAACCAAGCCCUAAAUAUUGCUUGGCAAAAGGUGAACAAAGAUUUUGGGUCUAUUUUUUCUACCCUUUUGCCUGGUGCCAAUGCUAUGCUUGCAGCACCUGAAGGGCAAACUGUUUUGGAUGGUCUGGAGUUCAAAGUUGCCUUGGGAAAUACCUGGAAAGAAAAUUUAACUGAGCUUAGUGGUGGUCAGAGGUCUUUAGUGGCUUUGUCAUUAAUAUUGUCCAUGCUUCUCUUCAAACCUGCUCCAAUUUAUAUCUUGGAUGAGGUAGAUGCAGCCUUGGAUCUUUCUCAUACCCAAAAUAUUGGACAGAUGCUGCGAACUCAUUUCACACAUUCUCAGUUCAUUGUGGUAUCCCUAAAAGAAGGUAUGUUCAACAAUGCAAAUGUUCUUUUCAAAACCAAGUUUGUGGAUGGAGUUUCAACAGUGGCGAGAUUUACUCAAAGUCAGAAUGGAAAGAUUCCAAAAGAAACAAAAUCCAAAGCAAAAGGACCCAAAUAAGCUUAUGAUGGAAGUUUAAAGUACAAACUUAUUCCUGCACCUUAACCUUUUUUUUUAAACAUACUCUUUGAAGAACACAUAUAAUAAUAAUGUUAUUCUGUUACCAAACUAGUAUUUUCUCUUCCUUUGUACUAUCUCUUGUAAAUGAACAGAUUGUUCUUUAUUAAUUAGUGCAACUGUGGUUGUAAUUUCAUAUAUAUCAACAAAUAUUUUUCUUAUACAAAUCUUUUAUGUAUUAGGGAGCCUGAUAUACCUGGUUGGUGAUAAGAAAAAAUACAAAGAAAAAAAUGAAAUUAAAAUAUAGGAUAAAUGUAGCUGACAGCUUUUAGUUUAAUUCUUAUAGCAAGAUUGUGUAUUUUCUGUUGCUAAUAAAAUCAGUUAAGGAAGAAUUAUAAAGCAAGUAGCUGGAUGAACAAAGGGAACACAAAGAAAACUAAUAUACAUGUGCUGAGCUAUUGGAAGUUAAUCCCUUGACACAAUGUCAGAUUCUAAAAUGGGGAAAGAUCUUGAAAAGAUUUCCCAUUUUAAUGUUGUUGGAAUAUCAUGUUUCUAUAUGCAUAAUAAUUGUCUGCAACCUUGAUUUGUUUUGUGUUUUUAAAGCUUGAAUAUUUUAUAGAGGUUUGGAGAGAAGCAUGUUGUGUAAUGAUCUCUGGAUUUAUUUGAAGUCUCAAUAUUUUUAAAGCUUUUUGUCAGCCUCUUUAUAAUCUAAUCAACCUGUCGGUGACUGAGAAUGUAGGUUCCAGCAGACUAAAUCACAGUUUUUCUUGAGUCUGAUAAGCUUAUAGAUUGAUCUGUUGACAAAGUAACUCAAAAGCUUGGUGAUUAUUAUAAUUAUUUGUACAUUCUUCUAUCCAUUUCAAAGGAGUGAUUAGAACUCCAUAGGUGGAACUAUCAAACACCAUAAGAAUAGAAUUUAUCGCUUUUGUUUUCUCUAGAUAUAUCUUUAAGUAGUGUCUAUAACCUGAAUACUAAAAGUUCUAAUGUGAUCUAAUCUGAUCUUGGAUGUGUUAGUUUAGCCCCAUCUUCCUUCCUGAUAAUUGACUCUUAGUUCCUACGUGUCAUUAUCGUCCUUUUUCUGAUGCAUGCUCAUACUUCUUGGCUUUAGGAUUGACAUUUCUCAGUCUUCAUUUGCCAUACCUGUUACGUAAUCCCCGAGUAAUUGAUAUGGAACAGAUUGGACUGGAUUUAAUCUAGAAUUAGUUCUGUCCGCUGUGAGAGGGAAAAGAGAUACAGCAAUAAAUGCUGAGUUGUAGGAAUGCCAGUAUCACAGAUAGCAGACCUACAGUGUGUUUUGAUUCCUUUCAAAAGUAUUACAGAUUGUUCACCAAAACAGUAGUAUGCAUCUACCUAAUUACCCAAUAAAGUAUAACAUACAAGUUUGAUCACAGACUAAUCAGUCCUGGCAGUUAAUUUCAAUAUUUCUGAUCAAGCAGUUAGACGAUGAUACUCACUAUUUUAGCCAGCAUUUUAAAAAUAAUUUUGAGCUUGAUUAUUUUGCCAUGUAUACUAAUUUCCUUUUCUCUGCUGCAGAUUUUCUCCUUGUAU